CAAAACCAAGCAAAAAUGGAAGCAAGAGCACCAUAUAAUGCCACAGUAAGGACACAUAUGCAACUGAACACUACUCUUCACCAAUCGCCGUGGCAUUCGCCGGUACCCUACUUGUUCGGCGGCUUGGCUGCCAUGCUCGGUCUCAUAGCGUUCGCGCUCCUCAUACUCGCAUGUUCUUAUUGGAAGCUGUCGGGUCAGUUCGAGAACGAGGGCGAGGGGUCAUCGGGGCAGUCCGAGGGAGACUUGGAAGCUGGUGAAGGUAAAGGAGACGAUACUCGGCUUCGGCCUGUUAUGGAACCCAAGGUCCUCGUUAUAAUGGCGGGAGAAGUGAAGCCGACGUUCUUGGCCACCCCCAUUGGUUCUUCGUUUUCCUUUGGCCACAACGGUGAAAGGAUAUGUUGCUGUAAUGAUGAUAAGGGAGUCGAGCAUGGAGGAGCUAAGGUGGUCGGCGAUGGCGGUGAUGGUCGUGAGAGAACGGAGACACGGCGAUCAUCAGCGGGUGAUGGGGGGAAUUGAGCUUUCCAAGGUGGGUUUUUGUAUAUGGUGUGGGUCUGCCUGUGUAAUCAGCUUUUGAGCUUUCAAGUGCAUGCUCCAUUGAUGUUAGCUUUAGUUUUUCUGUUUUAUCUUGUUCUUUUGUCUGUUUCUUUUUUUUUUUUGUAAGAAUUUCGGGAAAUGCAAAUUUUAAAGAGAUUGAAUCCAAGCAAAGAAUUCACUUUCCUUUAUUA